AUGAUGACACAAGCUGAUAUCACCCCCCUGACCCUGCUGCAGCGGCUGGAUAUUCUGCUAGGAGUGGCGCGUGCGCUGGAGUAUCUGCACAGCUUUGGCAUCGUGCAUCGCGACAUCAAGCCCGCCAACAUUCUGCUGGACGUCCACAUGCAGGCGAGUGCAUGCGUUGAUGGGCGAGAUGCCAAGCACGCAGCAUCACUCUCUCACUAUCUCUCCAAGAGCAUCACUCUCCAUAACAGAAUUGCUCUCUUCUCCAUCCUGCAGGCGAAGCUGGCAGAUUUUGGUUUGUUAAGGCUGGCGGAGGGCAGCUGCUCACUGGAGUCGACGCGAGUGAGGGGCACACCGGGCUAUGUGGACCCUGUGUAUUCAAUCACUCACAAAGCCACUCCAAGUGCUGAUGUGUACAGCUUUGGAGUGGUGAUGAUGGAGCUGCUCACCUGCAGGCGUGUCGUGAUGCCAUGUGAAGAUGGAUCACACAUCCACAUCAAGGACUGGGUGGAGCAGCAGUUGGAGGGAGGGGACAGUGCAUCGGUGGUCAACGGGGAUCUCAAUGCACCACAUGCCGUGGCCUCCAAGCUAGUUGACAUUUCUCUCUCAUGUGUUGCGAAGCUCGUAUCAAAUCGACCCACUAUGAGCCAUGUGCUAGUUGAGCUUGAGGCACUGCGCAGGGAGCUGAUGGGCGAAAGACAGGAGAGGGUAGCCAGGCAGCUAGAUGCAGCAGUUCAACGAGCUUCACUGGAUUAUAGCCAACUGGAGGAGGAGCUUGAGAUGAUCUAUAGUGCUCAAAACAACUAA